AUGGCAUUCAUCAUCAAUGCUUUUCAAAGAUGUAAAGCUCUGGCUAAAUUUCAAACACCAGUUAACGAUACAUGUUUAGGUGUGCUUCCUUGUUAUCAACAAAUUCGUAAUAAAUGGCCUGACUUUAGAAUGAAAAAAGAUGCACGGAAAAGAAACACUCUUAAAGAAUAUGGUGUAUACAAGCUGCGCUAUAAUGCACUUCGUAAGAACAAUAUCAUUCCUUUAGAAAUUCAAGAAAUUGCUGACAAAGAAAUCUACAAUUGUCCGAGGGACGCUAGUAUAACUAGAAUUGUACAGCGUUGUCAGGUAACUUCACGUCCUCGUGGUAAUGUCAAACGAUGGCGUUUGAGUCGAAUAGUGUUCAGGCAUCUAGCUGAUUAUAACAAAUUAGCAGGUGUUCAAAGGGCAAUGUGGUAA